AUGUCCAAAGUCAAUGAAAAUGCCUUACCCUUUGCGGAUGCAGCCACUAUAGUCAGAGCCAACCAGAAGGACAGUUACUUUGCGUCCACCAUUCAGUCCAAAAUCCUGGAUGUUUUCCAUCUACUAAAGGGACAGCGCUUUGUCAAUACCCACCCAGAGGAGAUCGCUGUUACUGCCAAAGCCUUGUACUAUGUAUUGACCACGGUUAUUGGUGCUCGAACUCUCGGCGAGGAAUACGUGGAUUUAGUGUAUGUAAACCGGCUGGGAAAGCGGCUUACAAAACUCUACUCACGGGUGCUUUUCACUGCAUCGUUUGUCAUUCUACCCUAUAUCGUCACUAGAGUUGUGCGCAAGAUUAAGUCGAAGAGCGAUUCGUCCAAGGAUUGGGCCACCAGAAUUCUCACGUCAUAUCCCAAUCUAUUGGACACCAUAAUGAAUAUUCAUAUUGCGCUUUUCUAUUUCCAGGGUCUGUUCUACUCGAUUUCGAAGCGCAUUUUCGGCUUGCGGUAUGUAUUUGGCCACAAUAAGGACCCACAGAAGCUUCUGAAAACAGGCAACUACACCUUACUUGGAAGUGUGAUGUUGUUUCAAUUUUUAGUCAAGUUUCUUAUCUGGGUUAAGCAAGAGACUGACGAGCGCAACAAGACGGAUGAGGAAAAGCAGCAACUCCAGAGCCAGACACAGUCCCAUGAGACAUUCUACAAACUCGAACAACUCGAGCGCUUGCAAGAGCAGCUUAAAACCGAUGAGAAGCUUAAUGAGAAGGUACAGAUCGAUUUGAACGACUCGAAAGAGCUCCCGUACAUCCCCGAAGCCUCCAGAAGUUGUAUGCUUUGUCUUUCGCCAAUGGUGGACCCAUCUGCUGCCAAUUGCGGCCACAUGUUCUGCUGGGAAUGCAUAGUAGACUGGGUUCGUGAGCAUCCAGAAUGUCCUCUUUGCAGACAGCUGUGUCUUGAGCAGAAUUUGUUGCCGUUGAGAUAA